AUGGAGCCCCAACUGACCAAAACUGAGCAAGAAUUCAUGGAGCAGGCCUUCCGACACGCCCACGAAGCCCUAGCAGCCCAGGAAGUCCCCGUGGGGUGCAUUUUCGUCCACAAUCACACCCAAAUCAUCGCCUUUGGGCGCAACACAGUCAAUGAAACUAAAAACGCCACCAGACACGCUGAAAUCAACUGCAUUGAACAAGUCACAGACUAUUGUCGAACAAAUAACUUAAACUUGAAACAAUUUUUCAAACAAAUUUCGGUUUUUGUGACCGUGGAGCCGUGCAUUAUGUGUAUUAAUGCGUUGUAUGACUUGGAAGUGGAAAGUAUUGUUUUUGGUUGUAAAAAUGACAGGUUUGGGGGUCGCACUGUGUUCGAUGUUGGGGCUAUGGUUCACCCAAAGACGCUCAUCAAGGGGGGUUUCAGGGCCGAGGAAGCCAUGGAUUUGCUAAAGGAGUUCUACAAGGGGGUCAAUCCGAGCGCCCCCCCAUCUAAGGUCAAAGUUAGGGGCAAAAAAACCUAGGCUAAGUUUUAUAUUGUUACAUUUUGAUACCGUUUCUUAGACGCAAGAAUAAAGUUUAAUUUUUGUUAUUCAGGGUGAAAGAAUUGAAACACCGUAAGCGUCAUUUUAACUUGUUUAUGCAAUAAUUUAAAUCUAGAUUUCUUAUCUACAAAUUUCAAUAUAAAAACGUACAUUUUUUAUAAAUAAUGAUAUAAUACAAAAAAAAUGGCCGAA